GAUAUUUAUUUGACAACAAUGAAGAGUCUAUUUCCACUACCCACUCUUUGUCUCUCCCUGAAAAAAUAGUUUCUCUCUCUCUCUCUCUCUCUAAAAAGUCAGGCCUUAUUUAUUCUCAUUUAGAGAAAGCGGGUAUUUUAGCAAUCUUUGGCAUCUUUUUCAGUCCGUUGGUGGUGGUGGUUGUUCCUUCUCUCUCUCUCUCUCUCUCAUUGCUUCGUUCCAUUUUCCCGAGGCCAUCUCUAUCUACUGGGAACUGGGUUUCUGUCCACCACUGAUAUUGUGCACAAAAAGGGCACACACAAAAAAAAAAAAAAAAGAGAAGAAGAAAAAAGAGUGUCUUUCUUUCUUUUUUUUGUUCACGAGUUGCUCUGUUUUCUGAGCACAUUCUCUGUGCCCCUUUUUUUGGCGAUCUCUUGGUGAAAUUCUGUUCUCGCUUGAUCCGCGUUAUCUCAUUUGAUACUUCGAUGUUCUGAUCAAAGUUCGUAAUUCUUAGACAGUUUGAUUGAGAAUAAACUAUUAUUGAUUGGUUUUCUCUUUUCUCUUGCUUCUGAAUUUGAGAUACGUAAUUUGAAUAUUAAAAAGAAAAAAAAAAAGUAAACCUUUUGGAAUAGAUCUUCCUUCACAGAUCUGCUCUCUUUUAUCCAAACCCGCCCUUUUUUGCUUCCACUUUAAUUUUUCCUCAUUAAAAUUUCUUUUUCUUUUUUUAUAUUUAUAUAACCAAAAAGAGGUGAUAAAAAGUCAUCUUUUUUUCCAUUCAAGGAAAAGUUGGAAAUCCCCUGGCUGUGUAUUACUGAUUUCCCAGACUAAUUCAAGCCAAAUUUCGUGGAUUAAUAAAAAAAACCAAAUCCAGAAUUCAAAAGGGUCUGCAAAAAUUGUGAUCAGAGAAGAAGAAAAGGCAGGAUUUUUGAGAAUAUUUGUUUGUGACGGAUCCGUCAAUAGAAAACCGGGGAUUUGGGUGUUUGGGUGGUCUGGAGUGCAUAUUGAGCAUAAUCAGGGCCCUGAAAAUGGGGUCCUGCUUGUCUGCAGAAAGCAGGAGCCCUCACGCCUCUUCAUCGCCUUUGACUCCCAAUCUGGGCGUCAAAAAAUGGAAGAAUUCAAAGAAGAGACCCGGCUCAAGAAACUCCUCCUUUGACUAUCGCAGAGAAGAACCGCUUCACAGGAUUCCUGGAAGGAUGUUCUUGAAUGGCUCCAGUGAGGUUGCUUCACUCUUUACUCAGCAAGGCAAGAAGGGCACCAACCAGGACGCCAUGAUCGUUUGGGAGAAUUUUGGUUCCAGAACGGACACAGUUUUCUGCGGUGUCUUUGACGGUCAUGGUCCUUAUGGUCAUAUGGUCGCCAAAAGAGUGAGGGAUUCUCUACCUCUGAAAUUGAGUGCACACUGGGAAGUGAACAUAAACGGCAGUGAUGUUCUCAAGGAGAUCAGCCUAAAUACUGCAGGAAGCAUGAACUCAGAAGAUUCUGCCCUUGCAUUUGCUGAUGAAGAGCUGAGGGCUUCCAUAGAUAUUGGGGAGGUGGAAAAGCGCCCUGAGAUCUUUCAGACAUUGAGAGAAUCGUUUCUGAAAGCUUUCAAAGUCAUGGAUAGGGAGCUGAGAAUGCAAGGCAGUAUCGAUUGCUUCUGUAGUGGGACAACAGCUGUGACUCUAGUCAAGCAGGGCCGGGACAUUGUCAUUGGAAAUGUUGGGGACUCCAGAGCUGUACUAGGUACAAGAGAUAAAGACAACUCUCUGAUUCCAAUUCAGUUGACUGUGGACCUCAAACCAAAUCUUCCAGAGGAAGCAGAGAGAAUCCGAAAGUGUAGAGGCCGUGUUUUUGCUCUUCAGGAUGAACCUGAAGUUGCUCGAGUUUGGUUACCAAACAACGACUCCCCUGGCCUGGCCAUGGCUCGGGCUUUUGGUGAUUUCUGCCUCAAGGAUUUUGGUCUGAUCUCUGUGCCUGAUAUAUCUAAUCGGCGGAUUAGUGAGAAAGAUGAAUUUAUAGUCUUGGCUACAGAUGGCAUUUGGGAUGUGCUCUCAAACAAAGAAGUGGUAGACAUAGUAGCGUCAGCCCCCGCUAGAUCAUCUGCAGCUCGAGCAUUGGUUGAGACAGCAGUUCAAUCUUGGAGGCAAAAAUAUCCGACGUCCAAGGUAGAUGACUGCGCUGUUGUUUGUCUCUUCCUCGAUUCAGACACGGACAACAUAUCAAUUGCUGCUAAUACUAGGUCCAAGGAACAGCAUUGUUCAGCCGAUGAAGUCAACUGCACAACUGAGAAAGAAGACCCCUCUUGUCCUACUAGUCUGGACCGCUCAGGAACUGUCCGAACUGGCCAAGAGAUGAAUCCAAAAGGAAGCAAAGAGGAUGCUGAAGAGGAAAUAAAUUCGGAGCCAGGAAAAGAUUGGUCUGCUCUUGAAGGAGUUUCUCGUGUUAAUACAUUAUUGACUCUGCCAAGGUUUGUGCCUGGAGAAGUGAAGCUGUAAACAUGUCCCGCAAAUGAUGAAAAAAACGGGAAGAAGAUCGGUUUUUCUUUCUUUCCCGUAAUCAACUUAUUUUGUUU